CACUUUGCCCUGCGCGUUGACUUCUGGGGUUUGUAGUUUUUAGCGAACUGCUAGGUACUCAUUGGCUGCCUAGGAAGGCGGAAGCGGAAAGUGAAAGACCGGAUUCCCCCAAGCCAAGCUGGAAAAAGUUAGACCCGGAAAGAGUGAAUGACUUGAAUAUCGCAACCAAUCAGCAGCAGAACCAGAACGACUCCUGACUCUGACUGAGGGACCCCUUUUUGGAGAUAUGAAAGAUAAACGUGACUCCACAGAUACCCCUGGGACCUGUCAGAUCCCAGAGCCUGGCUGCCAGUUAUCCUCCUUGCUGACUCCUGGGGCCUUGACUUUCCCAGAAGCUAUGCUCCAGGUCCUUACCUUGCUAUGAGUCCUCUCCCCAAGAAACUGUCCAUACAUAUCAAAGUCUGCAGACAUAUUCAGGUCUUGACCUGAUCCUGAAAUCCAGAGAUCUCCAUUUAGAAAUUUUGGUGCUGAAGGGCUUAAAAUUCCAGUGGUCCCUGAAAGAUUAAAGUGGGUAAAGAACAAGACAAAAGAAAAGGAGAAGGACCAGCCCUGACAACUCAGCAGGCGCCGCAUUGGAAAGAGCCUCUUGAGCUCUAUUGUGGACCCCUGCAGUGGACCAUGAGUCGGUAAUGUCCACUGAGGACCUCUGGGAGCCAUGUCAGACGAAUCCGCCUCAGGGAGCGAUCCAGACCUGGACCCAGAUGUGGAGCUGGAGGAUGCGGAAGAGGAGGAGGAGGAGGAGGAGGAGGUGGCAGUGGAGGAGCAUGGCAGGGAUGAUGAGGAAGACCUGCUGGAUGACCCAUCCCUGGAAGACAUGUGUGGCACUGAGUGUGCCCAGCUGGAGGAAGAUGGGCAGCGGCCACUGCGGUGCACUUCAACUACCUCAUCUCAGUCUGAGCCUUCAGAGCAGCUUAGGCACCACCAAGGCAAAAGCCUAGCCUCCGAAGACCCCAAAAAGAAGAGAGCUCAGAAGCCCUCCCACAUGAGGAGAAACAUACGAAAGCUGCUCCGGGAAGAUCAAUUGGAGCCAGUUACCAAAGCAGCACAACAGGAAGAAUUGGAAAGAAGGAAGCGCCUGGAACAGCAAAGGAAGGAUUAUGCAGCCCCUAUUCCCACUGUUCCCCUGGAGUUCCUUCCCGAGGAAAUUGUCUUAAGAGCAAGUGAUGGUCCCCAACUGCCUCCUCGGGUCUUAACCCAGGAAGUCAUUUGUUUGGACAGUAGCAGUGGCAGUGAGGAUGAAAAAAGCAGUCGAGAUGAGGUGAUUGAACUGAGCUCUGGAGAGGAGGACACUCUGCACAUUGUGGACAGCAGUGAAUCUGUCAGUGAGGAGGAUGAGGAAGAGGAGAAGGGUGGCACCCAUGUGAAUGACGUCUUAAAUCAGCGCGAUGCUCUGGGGCGGGUCCUCGUCAACCUGAACCACCCUCCAGAGGAGGAGAAUGUCUUCCUGGCCCCACAGUUGGCACGGGCAGUGAAACCUCAUCAGAUUGGCGGGAUCCGGUUCCUGUAUGAUAACCUUGUUGAGUCCUUGGAGAGGUUUAAGAGCAGUAGUGGCUUUGGCUGUAUCCUGGCCCACAGCAUGGGUCUAGGGAAAACUUUGCAAGUGAUCUCCUUCAUCGAUGUCCUCUUCCGCCACACGCCAGCCAAAACUGUCCUUGCCAUUGUGCCGGUUAAUACUCUUCAGAAUUGGCUGGCAGAGUUCAACAUGUGGCUCCCUGCUCCUGAAGCCCUUCCAGCUGACCACAAGCCUGAAGAAAUCCAACCUCGGUUCUUUAAAGUUCACAUCUUGAAUGAUGAGCACAAGACAAUGGCGGCUCGUGCUAAAGUGAUGGCUGAUUGGGUGUCAGAGGGUGGGGUGCUGCUGAUGGGGUACGAAAUGUACAGACUCCUCACCCUGAAGAAAUCCUUUGCCACAGGUAGACCGAAGAAAACCAAGAAACGUUCUCACCCAGUCAUCAUUGAUCUGGAUGAGGAAGAUCGACAGCAGGAGUUUCGGAGAGAGUUUGAGAAGGCCUUAUGCCGCCCUGGCCCUGAUGUGGUGAUCUGUGACGAAGGACACCGCAUCAAAAACUGCCAGGCCAGCACCUCACAGGCCCUGAAGAACAUUCGCUCUCGCCGCCGGGUAGUGCUGACUGGGUACCCCCUGCAGAACAACCUCAUCGAGUACUGGUGCAUGGUGGACUUUGUGCGCCCAGACUUCCUCGGCACCCGGCAGGAGUUCAGCAACAUGUUUGAGCGGCCUAUCCUGAAUGGACAGUGUAUUGACAGCACACCUCAGGAUGUCCGCCUCAUGCGGUACCGGAGCCAUGUCCUGCACAGCCUCCUGGAGGGCUUUGUGCAGAGGAGAGGCCACACUGUGCUGAAGAUUCAUCUCCCUGCCAAGGAAGAAAAUGUGAUCCUGGUACGGCUUUCCAAGAUUCAGCGAGAUCUAUACACACAGUUCAUGGACCGCUUCCGGGACUGUGGUAGCAGCGGCUGGCUGGGGCUGAACCCCCUCAAAGCUUUCUGUGUGUGCUGCAAGAUCUGGAAUCACCCUGAUGUGCUGUAUGAAGCCCUUCAGAAGGAGAGCCUGGCCAAUGAGCAGGACUUGGACGUGGAAGAGCUUGGUUCAGCAGGGACUAGUUCCCGCUGCCCAUCACAGGGAACAAAAGGCAAAGGGGAGGACAGCGCCUUGGCCUCUUCAAUGGGAGAGGCAACCAAUAGCAAGUUCCUACAAGGGGUCGGCUUUAACCCUUUCCAGGAGCGAGGCAACAACAUUGUCACUUACGAAUGGGCCAAAGACCUUUUGGCUAAUUACCAGACUGGUGUCUUGGAGAAUUCUCCCAAGAUGGUACUGCUUUUCCAUUUGAUCGAGGAAAGUGUGAAGCUUGGGGACAAGAUCCUUGUGUUCAGCCAGAGCCUUUCCACAUUGGCUCUAAUUGAGGAGUUCCUGGGGAAGCGAGAAGUGCCCUGUCUACCUGGUGCUGAGGGGCAAGGAGUUCAGAAGUGGGUUCGAAACGUCAGCUACUUCCGGCUAGAUGGUAGCACCCCUGCCUUUGAGAGGGAGCGACUCAUUAAUCAGUUCAAUGAUCCCAGCAACCUCACCACCUGGCUGUUCCUUCUCUCCACAAGGGCUGGGUGCUUGGGCGUGAAUCUGAUUGGUGCCAACAGAGUGGUGGUGUUUGAUGCUUCCUGGAACCCUUGCCACGAUGCCCAGGCAGUAUGUCGGGUAUACCGUUACGGCCAGAAAAAGCCCUGUCACAUCUAUCGCCUGGUGGCUGAUUUCACCCUCGAAAAGAAGAUCUAUGACCGUCAGAUUUCCAAGCAGGGCAUGUCAGAUCGGGUGGUGGAUGAUCUCAAUCCAAUGCUGAACUUUACUCGGAAGGAGGUGGAGAACCUACUGCACUUUGUUGAGAAGGAGCCGGCCCCACAAGCAUCCCUGAAUAUAAAGGGGAUCAAGGAGCCAGUCCUGCAACUUGCCUGUCUGAAGUACCCUCACCUCAUCACCAAGGAGCCUUUUGAGCAUGAGUCAUUGCUCCUUAACCGAAAGGAUCACAAGCUGACCAAGGCUGAGAAAAAAGCAGCAAAGAAAAGCUACGAGGAAGACAAACGCACUUCGGUUCCAUAUACCCGCCCAUCAUACGCGCAGUAUUACCCUGCCAGUGACCAGAGCCUGACCAGCAUCCCCGCCUUCAGUCAGAGAAACUGGCAGCCAACCCUGAAGAGUGAUGAGAAGCCUGUGGCCAGUGUUCGUCCUGUUCAGUCCACCCCCAUCCCCAUGAUGCCCCGACAUGUCCCACUGGGAGGCAGUGUAAGCUCUGCCUCCAGCACCAAUCCGGCUAUGAACUUCCCAAUCAACUACCUACAGCGUGCAGGAGUCCUUGUGCAGAAAGUGGUCACCACAACAGAUAUUGUUAUUCCUGGACUCAACAGCUCCACAGAUGUACAGGCAAGAAUUACUGCUGGUGAGAGCAUCCACAUCAUACGUGGGACAAAAGGGACAUACAUCCGCACCAGUGAUGGGCGAAUCUUUGCUGUUCGGGCGACUGGCAAACCAAAGGCCCCUGAAGAUGGUCGGAUGGCUGCCUCAGGUUCCCAAGGGCCUUCUCUCGAGUCCACAAGCAACGGCAGACACAGUGCCUCAUCACCCAAAGCCCCUGACCCCGAGGGGCUGGCCAGACCCGUCUCUCCAGACAGCCCGGAGAUCAUCAGUGAGCUCCAGCAGUAUGCAGAUGUGGCUGCUGCCCGGGAAUCCCGUCAGAGUUCCCCAAGCUCCAAUGCCGCCCUGCCUGGUCCCCCGGCUCAACUUGUGGACAGCAGUGCUGUUCCUGGGACGGCUCUUGGGACUGAGCCUCGACAUGGGGGUCAUUGCCUCAAUAGUUCCCUCUUGGUAACGGGCCAGCCCUGUGGUGACAGGCACCCAGUGUUGGACUUAAGGGGCCACAAGCGAAAGUUGGCCACACCAUCUGCUGCCCAGGAGUCAUCCCGCCGGCGGUCCAGGAAGGGCCAUCUGCCAGCCCCCGUGCAGCCGUAUGAACACGGGUAUCCAGUUUCUGGCGGGUUUGCCGUGCCACCCGUCUCCUUAAACCAUAACCUCACCCCACCCUUCACCUCCCAGGCUGGGGAGAACUCCCUGUUUAUGGGCAGUACCCCCUCCUACUACCAGCUGUCCAAUUUGCUGGCAGAUGCCCGCCUGGUAUUUCCAGUGACUACUGACCCUCUGGUGCCAGGAGGCCCCGUCAGUUCCUCUUCCACGGCUACCUCAGUCACUGCCAGCAACCCCUCCUUCAUGCUCAACCCCUCUGUACCAGGGAUACUACCCAGCUACUCACUCCCAUUCUCACAGCCACUCCUGUCCGAGCCGAGGAUGUUUGCGCCUUUUCCUUCCCCUGUCUUGUCCAGUAACCUUUCACGGGGCAUGUCUGUCUACCCAGGCUACAUGUCCCCACAUGCAGGCUACCCCACUGGUGGCCUCCUCCGGUCCCAGGUGCCUCCAUUUGACUCUCAUGAGGUUGCCGAAGUGGGGUUCAGCUCCAAUGAUGAUGAGGAUAAGGAUGAUGAUGUGAUAGAGGUCACAGGGAAAUAGCUGGGGAGCCCCUCUCCACCUCACUCGGGGCCCCUGGCAGGUUGCCCACCAAGAUGGAAGGCAGCAAUCUGGGCUUUCUGAGAACAGGGCACUAGGCAGGAGGGAAAAGGAAGAAGAUGAAGAAGGGUGGCUGGCUAUAGGUGGCAGGGCUCUGUUGCUGUUUCUAAGAAAAGAAGCAAAAAAAUCCAACAGAGCAGCAAUAGUGGGAAAUCAGGGACCUAAAACAGGAAUGGAGGGGCAAGGUGGCCUGCCUCUUUUCCUGCCUGCCUUGUUUAUGCUGUCUGCUUGCUUGCUUGCCCAUUUGAGUGUAGAAGCUCAUGUCCCAUUUCUGUCUUUGGGAACAUUCUCUCCCAAGAGAGCUGCCUUACUGGGUGACUUAGCUUGGCCUGGAGAGGGGAGGGGAGGGAGGGAGGGUAAGAGAAGAAGGGUGGGCAGACUGAGAUUCCAUGUAAGUGGAAUCUUUUUAGGGGGUGGGAAAGAAGCAGACCAGGUAUGUGUGUUAGUGCGUGUGUGUUUGUGUGUGUGUGUGUGUGUGUGUGUGUGACUGUGUAUGUGUGCACAUGCUUGCUCAUGUGCACAUGGAUGUAAACUGACUGUUAUCUGGUUAUGUUACUCAGGGUGGGCUGGGGACUCACCGGAAGAAUCCGCUCAGCCUGCCCGAGACUGUUUUUUUUCUUGUACCCUCUCCAGAAGGGUCGGGGGAAGAGGGUCCAGGUGGGUUGAGGGGGUUGCAAUGGAUAACCACUAAGGCCACACUGCUGCCAGGAGGAGUAGGGGGAGAUGAGGUGGCCCCAGGGACCUGGCACCUGGCUUUGGUUUUCCGUCUUCUUUCCUCAGGACGCCCCCUGAGGCCUGGGACUUGCCCCUGACUUUGAGGAUCAUCUGCGGCUGGGUGCUCCAGCUGCUGGUGUGAUCAUGGGCUUCCCUCUCAGCAGGGCAGGUGCUCCUGCCCCAGAGACUGGGCAACUGGCUGUUUCUAUGACGUAUUUAUUUUUACUUGUGUUUCAUGUCACUUUUUUAAAAAAGCAAACAGAACAAUUGUAAGUCAGUAUAACUGCCUAUCAGUUUUCUUUAUUUCUCUUUUUGUAAAAUAAAAUUUAAACUGAUCAAA